CAGAAGACUCACCACGCCCACACUUCCAAGGAUAUAUUUCAAAUUUAUUUUUACCGUUGUCUUUUCACCAGUCUCAGCUGGUCUGUUUCCUUAAGAGCGUGAGUACCUGAAGGCAUUUGUUUAAGUCCCCUCCUUCGCUCUAGACUGAAAUUUUUAAAUAUUUGGGCUGGAAUUCAAUCGGCCUAAUUUCGAGAAAGAGCAUCAAAACAGUUAAUCAAUUUAGCUGACCUAUUAAACUUGAUUUGAUGUUGAAAAUGCCCAGAUUUUUUGGCUUUAUAACAAAUUUUGACUUCAGUUUAUUUUUUUAAAAAUUUUUAUGGCUCAUUCACAUUAUAAAAACACAAGUCGUGAAAACUGAUUUGAUUUCCUCCUUUAUAUUUUUGAUCAAAGUUUCGAUAGCGUUUUGAAAUAAAUAUUUAUGCUUUCUUGUUUAUGUUAGUUGGUACCAUUAUAGAUUCAAAUUGAUUUGUCUCUGGUUGAAAAUAAUACCAUUUUGGACGAGGGCAUACUUUUACCCAUUUCCUUUUCUCUAUUAUCUUCUCAAGGCUUCAUUUCUGUCUCGCUUGACCAAAGAGCCCCAAAACAAAUUGUUCUUUUUAUCUGCCUACUGAGAGCCAACUGAAUUAUUCAAUGUCAAUUGAACAUCAAAUGGACUGGACCAUUUAAUGGAUACGACAUUACUCGACGAGGCCGUUAUUUAUGACGGCGAGACAGCUGUGAAGAAUCUCACAGACGAACAGAUCGAGGAAUUCCGCAAGGCAUUCAAGAUCUUCGAUAAGGACGGGGAUGGGAAUGUCUCGACUGAUGAGCUGGGCAAAGUGAUGCGGGAACUGGGCCAGAACCCCUCCGAGGAUGAACUGCAGGAGAUGAUCGAGGAAAUCGACAAGGACGGCAAUGGGGAGAUUGACUUUGAUGAGUUCCUGGAGAUGAUGGCGAAGCAGAUGAACGGACCCUCUCUGGACCAGGAGAUAGAAGAGGCUUGGAAGCUGUUCAACACACAACAACUGCCCACCAUCACCAAACAACACAUCAGGAGAGUGAUGGAGCGUCUGACCGAUUACAUGACAAAUGAGGACCUCGAGGUCAUUCUGGGUCACGUGGAAGUGGACGGAGAGGACCAGAUCACAUUCGAGGCCUUCUCCAACAUGAUGAAAAGCAACCCCCUCGAACCCCAACAACAACAACCACAACAACAAACAAGCAGUGCAACCACCACAGCCUCCACAUAGAGAGGCCAAAUCUCGACAGUUCCCAAAAUUGGAAGCCUUGUUGCAACUGAGAAAAUAUCAAAAACUUAUAGAAAUUUCACGACAGGUUACGCAUAUUUGCAGUCAUGCUUCAGCUAUUUUUUUUAUUCAGUUUCUUUAAUUUCAAUUUAGAUUUUUUUAAUGAAUUUAUUGAUUAUGAUUGUCAGAACUAUGCUGUACGCAUCAUAACGAAUCAAAAUGUUUAAAGAAUGGCAGUUUAAUUGUUAAGCAAACAGUUUCAGCCAUGUUUCAGAACUUCCAGAGAAAUGAGUUUUUGGGUUGUCAACUUAUCACUGAUUGAUCGAAAAUUAUUUGUUUGAAAAUAAAAACGUAUUUCAUUCUUUCUUCCUCUCUACUUCCUGUUAAUUUUCUGAAUUG